AGUCCUUUCGCUGAAGAGUUCAGCCGUCGUGUUGUCGCCUUGCUCCUUUUGGUUGUCGCCGUCGUUGCCGUUGUCGCUCUGCUCUAUUGUUGCCACCAAGACAAGAAACGCAAGAAGUUCAAAAAUGCCACGAAAAAAAUUAUGUGGAGCGUGAAUGUGGCACUCAUUUAGCGUUAGCAACUUUUGACCCCGUGCGCAAUCAGGUCACCAUUGUUCCACUGUAAACAGUGGUAACCCGAAAUAAAAAAUAAAGCAAAUGUGCUGGUGAUUUGUGAUUGAAAAUGCGUAAUCCUCGUUCCGUUGUCAUCGUGUUUCACCGCGUAACCUGAACCUUGAGUAAACACACACACAGUCGCAAGUCGACCACACACACACACACACACACUCACAGACGUAAAAGGGGAGCACGCAACUCUACGUCACAAGAGCCUCAAAAAGGAUGGGGUACAAAGUGGGUCCCACACCACAGCACCUGAGAAAUAUAUUGUAGCUCAACUACAUUUAAUUGAUCUCCAAAAAAAGGGGGCGAGAAAUCUUUCCACUAAAAAAUCGUUUCGUGCUUGGCACAAGAAGUGGCUCUUUUCUAGCCCACUCACUCACUCCUUCUUCGGGUGGUCCUUUGCCGCAUAAUUUCGAUUGGAGCUGGCAUUCUCUCUCUCUGUUCCCUUCCCUUCCCAACACCCCUUGCUCCUACGGCUCUGUGUACGUGUGAGUUUCCCGUCUCGAAGUGUGAGAGUUUGGAGGGAGUGGGGUUCUUGCUUGCAUGUGCACGGCCUGUUUCCAGUAUUUGUGUGCUGGUGCUUGUGUGAGUGAAAGCGUGCCAAAUGAAUUGAAAAUUACAUGUGGCUCCGCUCAGUCUCCCCCUCCCCCUUACCCCGCUCAACCCACAAAUGCAUCGAAGGAGUUUUAUUAUUUAAACGCGACUGGUUGGGCUCAUUGGUGCCGUGCCGCGUGUUUCCGUUUCGUAACACUCGAGGUUACAUAAAAAUAACCAUCGUCACCUUUCUGGGCUUCAAAAAAAAAAAAACAUAUAGCACGCAUUAACGGGCAAAGCGCGGCCUAACGGUAUUUUAAAACUCGCACACACGCACGCACUCACCGCACACACUCUCUUACAGCUCUUGUGAACUGCACGUGGCAAGGAUAUAACAAGGAUAACAAAAAGAGAGCGAGAGAGCGCGAGAAAUAGCCAAAGCAAAGCAAAGUGAAAAAAUAAAAACAAAACUGUCCGUCCAGCAUUCUUUUUUUUACUACAAGACAUUUAAAGAAUGUAAAUGUAAAGUGAGUCGAAAACAGCGGAGAGAGAGACCUCAAAAACUGGCCAUUGGCAGGCCAAACAAACACACAGGAUACGACACACACAAGCACACACUGACACACGCUCACUUACACACGCACGUAUAUCCUGCUUUGCCGCAGUCAUAAAAUAAUCAAGAAGCAGCUAAAUCAGGCGAAAGCUAAAGGACUGCAACGUGCUGAUGUUGACGAAACAUCUCCAUUGGGACGAAUAAAGCAAUUAGCAAAGGUUUUGAUGCCGAACCUCCCCCCUCACACUGCCAGGAUAAAAAGGAUUUAAGGAUGCAGGAUAAUGCGUGGGACUCCGUGGAGUAUUUAGGUAUUUAGGCCUAAUCGAGAGUGAGAGACGCUGAUGGUGACGAUGCCAAGCACAAAAAUGCAGGAGCCUCCCUGCAAAAGUCGGCAAUGUGCGAGAUAACGGGACACCGGACAGCCAGGCAACCAAAGAAAAAGAAGCAAAAGCAAAAGCAGAAGCGAAAGCAAAAGCAAAAGCAAACGAAACGAGAAAUCGAACUCUCCCUGUGAUAUAACUUGCACCGUAAUCGUAAUCUAGCUCUUAGUUAUCGUUAUCGGAUUAAUAAUCGCCGCAAUUGUAAGCUAAGUUUAAACAGCACUACUAAUCGCCGCUCUGCUCCGCCGCCGCCACCGCCAGACCUGCGCCUAAAAAUAAAGGAAAUCAAAAAUCAAGAAGAUAUAUAUUAUAUAUACAGUAGACUAAACCCGACCAAAAUCGAGCUAAAUAAUGGGAGACGAACAGGACAAGCGCACCGGCAAGGAGAAGCUGCUGUUCUACACCACCGCCUUCUUCAUCCUGCUGGGGACCUUCAGCCUGUUCGCCUUCCUGUUCCUGGUGCCCUUCGUUAUUGAGCCCGCCUUCACCACGAUCUUCAUGCAGUUCGAGGAGGUGCCGGCGCUCUGCGAAACGUACGACACGGAGAUCUACUACGGGGCCAAGAACUGCUCGUGGUCGUCCUGCCGCGAGGGCUGCACCAAGGACAUCUACACCUGCACCCAGAUCCGGGUGAACUACCGCCUCAAUCUGUACAAUUACACAGAUGAGUUCAACUUCACGGAGUACCACAUCAACCUGAAGGAGUCGGAGCGCAUCCUGCCGCCAGUCAAGCGAACGGAUCGAUACGAGCGGGCGCUGAGAAGCGACUACGAGUACGAUAACCUGGGCGGCGGCACGGGGGGAUUCGAUAUCGAUCUGAGUGGCGGGCGACUGGAGCAGCUGAACUUCGGGGAUGCCGACGGCUCCAAUGGCUACCUCAUCGAGGACUCGGAGGACACGCGGGGAUUAAGUGCCUCGGGCACCCUCAUUCCGGAUGAGCGGAGACCCUUCGACGAGAUCUCCGAGCUGAAUGAGGGCCUGAUGGGCAAUCGCUCCAUGUACUACUAUGUGGGAGCCCGGCUCUUUCCGAACGUCAAGGGAUGUGGCUAUCCACCCAUGCUCAACUGCACCAUCUGGCUGAAGCGGUACACCAAGAUCGGCAUGAAGUUCCCCUGCUACUACUCGCGAGUGGAUCCCAGCCUGGUAAUCAGCGACCUGGACUACUGGCAGAACACGCUAAACCUGGUCUACUCGAUGGCCAUUCCCAUACCCUCGUUCAUCAUCUCGGUGAUCUACUUGACGUACGCCUACUUCAAGAUCUACAACGAGGACGAGGAGACGGCGCCGCUGGACAAGAACGCCGAGGACAUGGACAUCGACGACAUCGAUGCGGUGGACGACAGUGAUGGCGCCGUGCUGGCGGACAACGUGGCCGGCAGCCAGAUCAUCAACAUGGACUCCACCACGAACGACAGUUGUCUGGAGGGUGUUCUGCCGAACGGAGGUCCCGGCAUGACCGCCUCCAUAUCGCAGGGUGGAUCGGUGACCACGCCGGGUCCCUACAUUGCACAGAGUCCGGCGGGAUCGCAGAUGACGCCCAACUCGGAGAUCAACUCGUUCGGCCACCAGCUAAAGGUCCAGAUGGCCGACGAGCUGUCCAGGGACUCGCUGGAAAACGGAGUUAUCUCCACGUCCAACUCAGUGCAAGGAAACUUGAGCAAGACGAUGACGACGAGUAUCUCAACUCCUCCUGGGCCGACGGCGGCAGUCUGAAACGUCAGGCGCAUGGUCUGGAAAAUGUUAGAUUCCGAUUCGGAAAAUGAGCCGCUGCUGGACUCGUAGGCCGCCGAGCGGACAACGGACCAUGGAGCAGGCGGAGAUCUUCGGAGCAGAGAGCCAACCCAAAACAAAACAAAAAAAAAAAAAAGGAAUCCAAAACCGAAAAGCGAUAACCCCAAGUAUUUCUACCCGAAACAAUCGACAACAACGCAGAGAAUGCGACCGAACCUGAAUACCUUCAGAGCUGUUAGCGGCACCUAAAAGAACUAUGAUAGAUUAUAUUUACCUUAUGAACUAGCUACUCAGACACACCCACACUCACCCACAUAAAGCACGCUAGAUAACCGGAGUAACUCCGGACUGCCACACCCACUCAAAAUUGCAACACGGGCAUUAGUAUCUGCACAGUAUCUGAUAUCUGGAGGAUGGACGGAUAAUGCCACAUCUUAGGCGAUUGGUACAAAUACAAUAAACAUAGGCCGCAAAACUCGAGCAUGGAGUGCUAUUCAUAUACCUAGAGGAAAACUAUAAUACUUAUACACGCAUAUACAAAUAUUUACUUGAAUUAUUUUUCUAUUCGCAACAAUCGUCGUCGUCUCGAGGCAGUAACACAACAACUACACACUACCCAUGCCCAAAAAAGAAAAAAACAACAAAAAUCCAAAUAAAGCAAAUAAAAGCAAAACAAACGAAGCGCGCAACUUAUUUACAAAUCGAUAAAUCGAGGCGCUGAGGUUUUUUAAAUAUUGUAAUGCCCAUUCAAGUGCUGCAAACCGUAAAACACAUGCGAGAAACACUCGACACCAAAAACAGAAUUAAAUUUAACGACCGAACGCAUCGUGUACUUAAUUUAAACGUAAUGAUAAACGAAAGCAAGUCGAAUGCCUAUAUUUGAAGUAAAUUAAAUUAAAUUAAAAUUAAAUUACCGUAAAUUAACUAACAAUUGUUAUCCUUCAAAUUAAUGCGGAUAAAAACUCACAGCUUUAACUAACUGAAACGGAGGCAUAAGAUUUUUCUUCUACAUAUUUAUUUUAUUAAGAUUAUUAACGGAUAAUGAAUAUUUAUAGGUCCUACAAAUGGUUCAAGCUAUUCAAUUAAAACUUACAAAUAAAAUAUUGCAUUAAAUCUUAAUAAUUUAGGUCUGAAAUUAAAUAUAAAAUAACGUUUCCUUUUUAUAUUACAAACAAAACCGAAAACCAAGACAUUUCUAAAAUCGAAGGCGAAUAAUCUCAAAAUUCGAUGCCUAGGCAUAUAGAAGCAUCCGCAUCAGCAUCCGCAUCCGCAUCAAUAAACUGCACUUUUGCGCAUAAUGUAUCAAUGAUAGGCGGCAAAGAACUACACAGAAAAUCGUUUGUUUUUAACGACAGUUGGAGAUAGUUAACGAGAAUCAAGCAAUGACAAGCGAAACAGAAGCGCAACUAUUAGCUAAUAUCAUGUAAAACAGACAAACAAAUAACAAAAUGCUACUAGAAUUGAAACCAAAUACAUGAAAAUCUCGAAAUAAAUACGCAUUUAGCAGCCUAAAAAA